GUUUAUUCACCAUUAGCGAGGUGAGCAGAGGGGAAGGUCCACAGCGGUAGCGGAUAUUGAGUCAUCAUGGCGACCCGGCUACCGAGUCAGAGGAAGUUUGCCCCUGUAAAGAACAAGAACGUCUUUAGACCUGCAGCAACCCCUUCCUCUCAAGCCGCUACACCUGCGCUUCAAGCUGGCCCAUCCACCUCUCUACCCACUCCCAUACUCUCAGCGCCAUUACCUACCUCAUCCGCAGAUGGUGCGAUACCUUCCGUCAUUCCGACCGAAGAUGUAGCUCCGACAACCAUCACCGAGGUCUCAAACCAGACUGGGAUGACUAUUAUACCCUCUGUUGGCGCCGAACCACCUACCCUUCCUGUGGUCGCACCUCAAUUUCCAAUACAAACGGCCUCGACUCCAUCCCGUGAUCUGCCCUCCAGAGUUCCCAACCGAGGUUCAACGCCAGCUCAAGGCCUCCGAACUUACCUCAAGGCCACCCCUCACACUACUCCUCAACCCCCUUCUGCCAGAAGGUCCGUCACUCCUGCCCCUGUCUCUCAAUACUCCGGCGUUCCGGCUCUUAUUGCUGCUGCCGCCGCCUCACCAGGACCGCUGUCAGCUCUAGCCUCUCGAUCUGCCAGAGCUUCUGUCACUCCUGUCCCACCCCCUCGUCCGCCACCACCACCGUCAAGAGCACCAUCACGCAUGUCUAUGACCCCUGUUCCGAGUUUUAUUCCGAGGGUUCAGGCUACGCCGGCGUCACCUGCUUCUGGUUUACCUCCUCAAGUGAUGGCUGCAACUCCCGAGUCUGAACCAUUGUUCUUUGGAGUACCACCUGUAGUGCGCACAUUUGGCUCUGAACAUUCAGGGGUGGAAGGCGAAGAUGAUGAACUUGACCCGGCUACAUUGGCAGCGGCGGCAGUGGCUAGUAUACGAGAUAUAGUCCCUCCGCCAAAGAAGCGGACCAAACGUGGGACUGCUGGGCGUGGACAAGAAGAUGAUCAGGAAAAUGGAGAAAGUUCCACAAGAGUCAGGAAGAUGCCACCUCCCAAACGAAUAUCGGCGAGACGAAGAGCUGUUCCACGACCGCAAACUCCCGAGGAGGGUGAACAUGAAAAAUUGAACGGUUCCGAAUCAUCGGGCGAAGCUUCUCACCUCGAUGAUGAAACCUAUGGUGUUACUCCUCAACCAUCUACUGCCUCUCGCAAUGUUCAAUCUCGUAGAUCGAAAAAAGACCCGCGGAGACGGAAACGGAUCAGGAGAGAGGAACUCCCUACGUCACAGAUGAAUGUUGCCACGCCAGACGAAAUGCUCGGAGAAGCCAUCGAUCCCAGCAUUGUGACAAUGGCAGACUUGGCCCAAGAUCCAAAAGCAGGGAGUGGGAAAGUAUCUCAAAGAGGAAUCCGUCUUUGGAUACAUGCUCAGGAGGAAGAUGCGAGGAAGAAGCGGCAGACUGCAGCGAGACAAGAAGAUAGAUGGAGGGAGAAACAGAUACAGAGGAGAAAGCUGAGAGCUAUGAAAAAUGCUGAUCGGGCGAGGAGAAGGAUCGAAUUGGGUCAGAUGGGAUUUGAUCAAGGGAACGUUUCAGUGGAUGAAGAUGACUCGGAGGAAGAGUAUGAGGUUCGACCGGAUCGAUUGACUCCGCCUAGUACUCCAGAUCCGGAGGUGGAGCAGGAGCAGGAACAAGCAGAGGAUGAGGGAGAUAAUGAUCAAGUAGAGGAAGCAGGAGAUGAGGAAAAUGCGGCGGCGGCGGAAGGAGAUGAUGCAGAGGUCGAAGGAGAGCAGGAAGAUGACGAAGAAGCUGUGGUUGAUAGAAGACCGGUAGGAGAGCAGGAUGGUAUUUCACAGCAGGACGGUGAACGGGAAGGUAUAGUUGAGGGAGGAGAAGAGGGAGACGAAGCCUUGGCUGCUCUUGCACGAGCUGGAUUCAACAUAUUAGCUCAGGAACGGGAAGAAGGCGACGAGGGGGAUGAAGAAGAGGAUGAAGAUGGGAAUCAUCUGGAAGAAUGGCGAGAAAGACAGGAAGAACAGAGAAGACGGUUGUUGGAAGAUACUGGGAGAGAGGUGAUGGAGGAAGACGAUGAAACGAGGAUGAUCAAUUCUGCUAGUUUUUCCAAGAAACAUAGUUCGAACGAGAGGUGGCUACAGUGGGAAACGGAGUUCUUCUUCCAGGCGAGUUGCUCAUUUCAACGUCGUUUAACCUUAUCUUCACCAUCCCUCACCAGCGUGCUCGGCGAGACGGGGGAGAAUUACACGGUGAUGAAGGCAUACUUCCCUUUCCGAACAGUCCAACAACUUCGGAGGAAAGGCGUAAGGGAGAAUAAGGAGAAUCCAGAGAAAAUGACCCAAGCUAUCUUACAUCGAAAACCCAUGGAUAUCGCCUAUCUUCAGAAAUCCGCAGGGUUCAAUCCGGACAAAGAUUGGAGUAGAGAACGAGCAUUGUUCGAAGCUGCUAAACAAGACAUGUUAUCUUUGUUGCAUACAGUACCAGAGGACGAAGUUGAAGGGGGUGGGGAUGAAGAAGAAAGGGAGUAAAUAUCGUGAGGACCUCGAUCUACACAUCCUGUUGAGAAUGCAUGUUGUAUCGAAUUUUUCCGC